CGAUGGGGGGUGGGGUCCUGACAAGAGUCAAGAAAGACAUGGGAAACAGGGUGGGCAAGCCUGGUCUGAUUGACCGCAGAACUUGGAGGAUGGGUGAGAGGAGGGAUUCUCCAAUUCAGGAGUGGGGCUCUUGCCAGAAAGAGCAAGGGAUGGGGAGACCUGGGGAUAACACCCCACGGAGGAGGGGAGGAGCUCUGCUUCUUUAUGUUUCUGGCUUUCCUUCAUCCAGUCAGCGAAGUACCACUGGCAAGACUAGUUCUUUCACAUGAAGCUGGGACAGAGAAGAGACUGGUGGGGGAUAGGUCCCCCGUGAUACAUUUGUACAGUGUAGAAGUUUGGAAAUUGUGAGUUAUUAACAGCUAUUUCCAUUGUGACACAAAUGGUAUUUCCUUCGACGAGAAAGGCCAGAGGUCAAGGUGAUAGCCAGCGUAAUGCUGUACUAGAGGCUGUGCAAGGAAGGCACCCAGGCUCAGUGAACACACACUUGCCUGAUGUUGGUGUUGGGCCUAAGCAGUGUGAAGAGAACAUUGCCCUUUACCCCCUCCCCCCAGUCUGCUGGGGUGUUGGGUUUCCCUAGUUGAAGCUAUAGAAAGGAUCUAGACCAGGUCUGUCCUAGAUGGUGCGCUCACCUUCCCGCCUGGUGGAGCAGGUUUCAGGGUCCACGGGUUCAUGUCUUGUAUGAUUGGGGUCCAAGAAGGACCUGGCUAAGAGGACAGGCCAAGAACACCAAGCUUGACUUCUAUUUAAAUUCUGCCUACCCAGCUCAGGACUCUGGGAGAGCCUCCAUCAAAGUAAGCCAUAGGGAUGGUGGUCUAAACUUGUUCUGAGACUCUUCAGCAAGACUAUGAGGUAUAAUUCCUUCCGAACCCAAGGUCCUGUUGUUCAGUCCGAAUGACUGUUUUCCAAGCCAGCAGCUUCUGUGCUGAGAGACUUCUCUGGCCGACUGAGUUGACCUCUGACUGACAGCACACUCACUAAGUGAGCAGUCCAUUGUGCCUCAAGCACAGAAUGCUACUGGAUAACACUGAAGUCCCCAAACCCCCAAGGACCCACAACAAAGCUUGUAGGGAUUUGAACUUUUGCUCAGGGUCUGGAGGUCCAAGUUGGCGAGUGACUUCCAUCUCCUUGGUUUCCCGGGUGAGAAGGGUAUCUCUUCUUUUGUUUGUUUUUUGGUUGGUUUUUGCUUGUUCCUCUCUCUUGUUUCUCUCCAACCUGAGCCUAGCAGACCAAGCUGUAUUUGUAAGUGAAGUUUAAUGAGGUCCAGGGGUGCCCAUUUGCUCACAUAUUCCCUACUGGUGCUCCCUUCUGUAAUGGUGGAGCAGAGUUGCAACACAGAUGGUUUAGGCCCAGAAAGAUUAAAACUUUCUCCCCUCUGGCUUCUUCGAGCGGAGCUCACCAGAUUCGGCUCUGGGAGGUCUAUGAGGGCCGUUUGUCCUUUUAUAGACAUUUACCCAAAAGUUGACAGGGAGACACAGUUUUUUUUUUUUUUAAGUACUUAGAAGCUCUGCUAGGCUGAAUGCCACGUAGCCACCCAACAUUUCAGUUCUGUCCCCAAAGGAAGAACUUUCCAGGGGCUUAUACCCCAAGAGAACUGUGCCCCUGGCCACCUCUUGUGUCCCCCCAACCCAGCACCUCCCCGUCACUGCCACACUGUACCUGGCACGGUCACAACCUUGCCCUGUGGCUGGAAAGCUGUCUUGGUUUCUUUCUCUUCAGUGUGAGCUCCCUGGUGGGAAUCGUGACUCCGUGCCCCCUUUGUGGGAUGUUUGGGCCAUUCUUGGUCGGUUGGCAUAGGAGGGUGUCAGGCUCACUUCCGAGACCACAGACCCUUAGUCUUAUCUCUUCUCUCAUAUCCAAGUGCCACUCUCGGAAUAACACGUUUGGAGUUGAGACAAGACCCAUCUGCCAGAUCUAAUUGAAACUUUUGUGCGUCUCUCCAAGAGGCUCCUUUGGAGACAAAAGCCUGCUUUAUCAGGGCUCAGUCCCCUCUGGGGACAGGACAUUGUUUUUCUUGCAGUUGGGAGCUGGCGUGUUAUCCAGAUGGCUUACCCUCUGUCUGAAACAAGGUGUACAUGCGAUUCAGAGGCAGUCAUUACCUCCCGCCUUGUUUUUAUUGCCGCUUUGUUUUGUCUAGACCAAGCCAUCGCUGAGAGGAAUCUGGCUGGUGUCUACCGGGAAACUGUGUGUGUGUGUGUGUGUGUUGAGGGCCUGAGAGGAGCUGGGAGGCACCUGCCCAUCCCUGAGGAAUCUUAGUCUUCCAGCUCGCUUCGGGUUUUCUGCUUCCUUCCUCAAGCCUAAAACUGGCACACGGUUGUUCUUUGGAAUGAGAGUAUUUCUUAGAUGCUGUCCUAAAAGGAGAGCUAACAGCUGCCCUCGAGGAGGAGAUGGUCACAUGAGGCCAUUGCCCUGGGUACCUCUUCUAUCUGAGGACCUGUCUUGGGGAAAAUAAUAGAAUACAAAGUUGGGUGCCUCCGAAAGUAGGAAGCUGGCGACUCCCCCAAGAGCUAGCCUGUGCACAGACCUGCAUCAUGGGGUGACGUGAUGUUGCUGGUGGCAGCAGCGGCGGUGAUGGUGACGAUUUGUAGUGCCUUCCGUUUGUUUGGGGCAAUGUUUUCCUGCCCUGGUUGCGUGUUAUAAUAGAAUUUCCUUGGAGUCUGAAAAAGUACCUGUAAUGGGGCUCCACCCCCGAACAAUUAUUUUAGACGCUAAUGAUGAGGCUCCGACGUUGCCGAGUUUUACAAGCUCCUCAGAACAUUCUUAGCCAGGCUGAGAACCACUUAUGUGCUUUGCAGCCUGUGAUUACAGUAGCCAUGGCUUUAAUCCCUGAAACAAUGCAGGAAGUUCAGAAUCAAUAUGCUCUCUUUUGUCCCAGAAUUGAGUCGUCAGUGACUGGCUCAGGGCAGCUCAUCCUUCAGGCCUCCUUGUAGCCCCAGAGAAACACACACCUGAUUCACACCAAAUGUGCCCCCUUCCCUCUCGCCCUCCCUCUCGGUACUACAGACUGAACGUAGGGCCUUGUGCAUGCUAAGUGAGUACUCUAGUCCCUUUUAUAUUUUGAGAGAGGGUCUCACAGAGUUAUCCAGGCUGGCCUUGAACUCAUUUUACAGCUAAGAAAGGCCUUGGAUGUUUUUUGUUGUUGUUGUUGUUGUUGUUGUUUUUUGGUUUUGUUUUGUUUUGUUUUCUUAUUCUUCUGCUCCAGUCUCCUUGAAUAGCUAGGAUUUGUAAUCUUGAACUUCCAAGUAUGGCAUAGCUGUUUCUUUUCAGUCAACUCUUGGUUCCGAAACAAAACCACCCCUCCUUACCUUAGCCUUCAGUGGUAUAGCUGAACUGGCUAGACUGGCCACUGGACAACCUCCCUGAUAAAAUCCCAGAAUCCAUUGCACUGGGCAGCUUCCCUACACUGGGGCAAUCUGGGAAGUGAGGCAGUCAUGUUCUUCCAUGCAGACCGGAGUCGUCAGGCGGUGGCAGGAUGGUAUGUAAGGAUGGGUCUGUCAGCUCUGUCAGGUACAGUGUGUGUGUGUGUGUGUGUGUGUGUGUGUGUGUGUGUGUGUGUGUGUGUGUGUGUGUGCAGGCUUCACUUUACUUUCAUACCAGAACCUAUGAUAUUAUCGGCAGGGAUAAAUACUGCAAAAGUGGUCACUUCCAAUUUCCCUAGUUUUGAUUGCUCUGACUAGACCAGGCGGAGGCUACUAUAGCUCCUGGGCUCAUGGCAGGAUUUCCUUUUGGGUGGAACCAGUCUAUGGGACCUCCUUGGUGAGAGGGGAGAUCUGAAGGGAUCCUUAGCACAGGCUGGAACUCUAGCACUCAAAGCUGUUUUUUUUUUUUAAUUUUUUUAUUAACUUGAGUAUUUCUUAUUUACAUUUCGAGUGUUAUUCUCUUUCCCGGUUUCCGGGCCAGCAUCCCCCUAGCCCCUCCCCCUCCCCUUCGUUAUGGGUGUUCCCCUCCCCAUCCUCCCCCCAUUGCCGCCCUCCCCCCAACAAUCACGUUCACUGGGGGUUCAGUCUUAGCAGGACCAAGGGCUUCCCCUUCCACUGGUGAUCUUACUAGGAUAUUCAUUGUUACCUAUGAGGUCAGAGUCCAGGGUCAGUCCAUGUGUAGUCUUUGGGUAGUGGCUUAGUCCCUGGAAGCUCUGGUUUUGAGGAAGAAAGAGGACUAGAGAAAUCUUUGUGGCACCAUGCUGAGAGGCUCCUGUCUUAGUCAUGCUGAACUGUGUUUGAAUUCUGAUCUCACAGCUUUGCAGCAGUAAGGCCUUGGGUAAGUGGCUUGAUCUCUCUCUGACUGUUGCAGCCCUUAAGAUGAAUGUAAUGGGGUACUUACCUCAGAGGGGAAUCUAGGCAAGACAUUAGCAUGGUGUCUGUCAUUCUGGAAGUGCUACCUAUUACGACUGUCAUUUUACCCAUGAGACUAGGGGGCAAGCUGCAAGAUGUUCUUGCGGACACAGAUGGUCCGAAGAUGGGUUUUUGACUGGGACCAUAGAGCGCUUUCUCCUGAACUGCUGGAAAUGGGAGGGGCUCCCCUUUUGCCCCUCUCACCUUCCAGGAGCUGUCCUGGAGAAGGAAGAGUCAAGGCCAGCUGUCGACAUCCUGGCAUGAGGAAAGACUUUCUAAAGGAAGACACUUGUGCCCCUCCGUUUCAGGUGUCAGGCCACAGAAACGAUGGUCCCUAAGAAACUGGAUUUGUCCCAGGAAUCUUAUGCUGAGAGAAGGAAAGGGUCUUCGCACAGUAGGACAACCUGUCAGAGCACCUUGCAGGAUAGACUGGAGAUAGUGGUGAUGUGCAGGACCACAUCCUGACCGGGGCUACUUAGCUAUGCAUCCCUUGGCCCUCUAUUUAAACACCAACCUUAUGUCCUGAUCCUGAAGACAGACUGAGGGAUAGGGGGUCACUGGGUCCCUUUGUUCCUUUCCUUAAUAUGGUCACAUAAAAUAAAUCUCCCCACUUUCCCCCAUUACUGUUUAAUUGGCCAACUGGGGAUGGGCGAGGAGCCUACGUAGUUAGUGCUACUGGGGCCUAGGCUCUGACCUAACAGCUCCAGAAACGGAGUAGCCAAGGGGCCUGAGGUACUGUGCUUUGGUGCUCCAUCUUCUUGGGGUUUAAAUGUAAGGCAUCCCGUAGCGCACAGAGCUCUGCAACAGGGUCCUGAUGUAGAUUAAGGGAGAGACAGAGGGAAACCUCUGAGUUGCCAGCACCAAAGCAUCCCGUCCGACACAUCUGUGAGCCCAGGAAAAUAGAGUUAGACACAGCACAUCUGCCCCAAGCAAGGUGUCAGUAAAGGGGGAAGAUACAGGGUCAAGGACAACAGUAGGAAGUCUGGUUGCAAAGACAGACUCACGGGCCACAGUCCCAUCCACUGAGAGUAGACUCCAAUAAACAGAGAGAUGAGGAUUCAGCCUUCUCAACUUGACCUUGAUCAGAUAGGCUUUAAGGCACACCACGAACUUCCUUAGAAAGCACCAAGCAGACACAGUAUAUGCGUGGCAAUCUUUCUCGAUCUACCGGUGUGCAAAUCUCCAAGAGACGUGUCCUGCGCUGGUACCCUGGGGAAUAAUUGGUAGAUGACUCAGAGGCCCAGGAGGCCCCGUUGAAACAUCCUGCAGAUAUGUAUGCUGGAGGGCUGCAGGGUGGAAGAGAGCAGCUCAGCCUCGAGAGUGUCCUGGAAGUCACUUGGGUUAUGGCUGCCUCCUCCUGAGUCCCUGAGAAUGAAGUGUUCAGGACUCCAGGCAGGGAACAGAUCUGACACAUAGUCCAGGGAUGGGUGAGAUUUGCUCAAGGUUCGGCUAUGUGGGACUUGUCCAGGGAAGCCCUCGAAGUCUACGGUGUCCGGCCUUGGCUCUGGCUCCGCUCAUCCUGCUCUGCCGUUUCUUGGCUCAGUGUCAUGUCUUUCUCCUUGUUUCAGAAGUUCCGGGUAGAUAUGCCUGGCUCAGGCAGUGCCUUCAUCCCCACAAUCAACGCCAUCACCACCAGCCAGGACCUGCAGUGGAUGGUACAGCCCACAGUGAUUACCUCCAUGUCCAACCCCUAUCCGCGCUCGCACCCCUACAGCCCCCUGCCAGGCUUGGCAUCAGUCCCUGGGCACAUGGCUCUCCCCAGACCAGGAGUGAUCAAGACCAUUGGUACCACCGUGGGCCGCAGAAGGAGAGAUGAGCAGCUGUCUCCCGAAGAGGAGGAGAAGCGUCGAAUCCGGAGGGAGAGAAACAAGCUGGCCGCUGCCAAGUGUCGGAACCGUCGACGUGAGCUGACGGAGAAGCUGCAGGCGGAGACAGAGGAGCUGGAGGAGGAGAAGUCCGGUCUGCAGAAAGAAAUCGCUGAGCUGCAGAAGGAGAAGGAGAAGCUGGAGUUCAUGCUGGUGGCUCACGGCCCUGUGUGCAAAAUCAGUCCUGAGGAACGCCGAUCUCCCCCCACCUCCGGGCUACAGUCCUUACGCGGUACGGGCAGUGCUGUCGGCCCUGUGGUGGUGAAACAGGAGCCUCCUGAAGAGGACAGCCCCUCUUCCUCAGCAGGGAUGGACAAGACCCAGCGCUCUGUCAUCAAGCCCAUUAGCAUUGCUGGGGGUGGUUUCUACGGGGAAGAGCCUCUGCACACCCCCAUCGUGGUGACCUCCACACCUGCCAUCACUCCGGGCACUUCAAACCUUGUCUUCACCUACCCCAGUGUCCUGGAGCAGGAGUCGCCUGCGUCGCCCUCCGAGUCCUGUUCCAAGGCUCACCGCAGAAGCAGUAGCAGUGGGGACCAGUCAUCAGACUCCUUGAACUCCCCCACACUGCUGGCCCUGUAACCCCAUGCUCCUCUGGCCAGCUCUGGAGGAGUCCACAUUCAUCACUGCCCUUCCCAGGGACCAGCACCUUUAAGCACUCCGGGGCAACGAGGGCAAAAGGGGUCCCUGGCUCUGGGGACCCACCCGAUGGGACUUAGUGGUGAGACACUGGUUGUUCUCUUAGAAGCCCUGGGACACCCCUCUCCCUCAUGCAUCUUGCAAGCAAAUCCUCUUUCUUGAAAAGCCGCAGAGAACUUGGUUUGUGGACUCAGACUUGUCUCCCGCUUCUGAAGCCCCCCGAGCUGGCCCGGAUGGCUCCUGUCCCUUUGUUAUUCGUUGUCUCUGGAGUGACAGUGUCCUUUCCUGCCCCGCCAAGCAUGCUCAGUGCCUUUUGGUUUCCCUUCCUUCCCCUAGUAUCAGUUUCUGCUCCCUCUGGGUUUUUAUGAGAUUUGCCAUGACAUUUCAUCUGGGUGGUCCAGAUAUUAAAGCGCUUUUAUUUCUGGAGCUGGAGAAGCAGAUGACCCUUCCACUGGGGCGGAUGUGUCCCGAAGGGGCAGUCAAAGUGCAAUAUUAUUGAACCUUUCCUCCCCACACACCCAGUGCACUGUUAUUACAGACCGUGGGCUCCCUGAGUUCAGCCGGCGAUGCUGCCAUCACUGGGAUACACCAAGGACCUUUCCUCCCCAGUCUCAGAGGUGCACAUCUCUGUGAGGAUCAGCUUGGCCGGAAGACAGGGUGUGAGAGCGACAACCAGGGCACAGGUUGGGUUUGCCAAACGUCUAAUUACCAAGCCAGGAUUUGUGCCAAGAAAGCCACAUGGCUGUCCUAGUGAGCUUCCCUUCACCUGGUGUCUUGAGCUGGGCGUCUCUUGUAAUUACUGCCUCGCCGUUCUGCCCCUGGACCCUUCUCUGUAGACUUGGGAAACACUCCUUCCUAGGAGCCACACAUCACUCCAAGGCCCUGCUGUGCUCUGCUCAUCCCUAAUCUCACGGCGACACCACCCGUGGAUAUCUAAUGAUGGCUUUGAGUGUCUAUGUCAUUCUUAUCAAAGCCAGUGUGUGUUCCUUUCUGCUGCAGAAGAACCACUGUUCUCAUGGGUAUCCCAGCCUCCAGCAAGGGCCUGUUUCCUGCCUCUCUCUUCCUUUGUCCCCACUGCUUGUUGACACCAGUUUGGAAGUGGAGUCUGGUCAGAACUAGUUUCUAGCGCUAAUGCUCUGACCUAGUACUUCUGCUCGAGAUCCCUGUCCACCCAGCUAAAGCCCUGUUAUUUGACUCAAACCUAAUGGUGAAAUCUGACUUUUGAGAGAGAAGGGAUGCCCUUCUCACUCCAAGUUCCCACGUUCCCACAAACACAGGCGUGCAGAACACACAGGACUUGGGAGCCAUGUGGGAAGCAUACACAGCCCAGCAGAGCUAAAAGGAGCAGGCUUGGCUUAGUAGAGAGGGAGGAGAAAGGAGAUGGUUUCACUAUGCUCUUUCCUGUAUGCCUUGGCUUGUACUCUGCCGUUCUGGGCUCCCAGAGCCUCUGGGAGCGGGGGUGGGGGAGUGCUCCUGAGGAAACAGAACAGGUGGUUUGCUGGCCUCAGAGCCCUAGAAGCAGAAGACAGCCAAGCCGGGCCUGGAGGAAUUGGGAAAAUACCCUGGGCGGUCUCAGCCGAGAAGCCUUAUCAUCUCGAGCCAAGCAGGAGCUCUGCCCCUCCUGCCUAUGGGUAUUUCUGAGAUGAAGCCGCUUCCUGAUCUUUUCUUUCCCAAAGCCCCUUUCUGACCAUAGCAUGGGUACCAAUUCAGGUCACAUGCCUGUGACUUGGUGCCCUGGUUGGACACCCCCGAGACUCCAAGUCUGGCUUUCAGUUCAGAUUUCAAGCUAUGUUGACAUCAGUGCCAGAAAGCACAGCCAGCUAACUGGGCCUCAGAGGUCCCUGAGGUCACCUUCCCUUCCGACCUGCUUGCUUUGUCCUACAAGACUUUUUGGCUUUUCCAAAGACAGAGAUUUCUGGGGAAAGCCAGAUAUUUCUACCUAACCUGUGGGCGUAACCACAGUUCUCUUCCUCCUGGCUCGAUGUCCAAGUUGGGUCACAUAUAUGUCACUCACGCAGGCCUGCACUCCUGAAUCAGGUCCUUCGCUGCCUGUUCAGGGAGCAGCUGCAGUGGGGUUGGGGGGAGGUGGGUGCUUUGCGCUCAUGGACACACAUGCUCCUCCCCAUGUGUCCUCAGCUGUCAUGGACUUAGGCUGGACUGUGAGCAACUCUGGGUUAGUACAGGGCAGGCACUCCUUAAUCAGCUAGCAGGGAACACAGUCCUGUCGUGGCCGCCAGACUUGUGUGGGAACAGUCCUUCUCUGGCUGGCUCGCUAGGGACAGCUAUGGCACAGGGAAGAGUAGAGCACAGGUGAGGCUCAGGAAGUUUCAGGAGCUAACACCAAGCAGCCAGUUGUUGCCUGGGGGAGGGGGCUGGGGGUUUGGAGAACUCAGACUGCUGUUUUCACAGGCUAAGGUACCCAUGGUGACCAGUCAUGGGAGCUUUUCCAAGCCAACAGUAAGCAGAGCCUGGAGCUUUCUCUGGCUUCGGGGAGAGAGAGUCUUAUCUGCUUCCACGUAACUCCCAGUGGAAGAGGCGUAGGCACAUCUGAAGCAUCUGGAUUCAUUUUUCCCCACUUUCCUGAGAGACCAAAAGUGUUCCUUGAGAUGUCACCAUUUAUCUUUAACAGUGACUUCCUUCUCUGAGCAGACGUUCAUGUGGCCUCGUUGGGAGGAAAAGAAUAAGCACCUACUGUGUGCCAGGCACUAUGAGGCACUUUUAUAUGUAUCCUCUUUUAAGAUGGGACUAAGGGUUUAUCUCCAUCUAGAAGGCCCCCAAGCAAUGAGGGCUUUCUUCAGAGACUCCUAGGUGGGGGUGCCUGUAGUCUAGUGGUCCUCAAAGACUCAUCCUCUGCCCAUCCCAGGAUCCUCCCCCUCAGACUCCUCCUACCUGGCUUGUGCUCCUCGGGUGGCUGAAGGGGCAACCUUAGUUCUCAUAGAAUUUGUGGACCAAUAGGAUACGUGUUGUGUAUGGCUUUCUUUUUAAACUAUAAGUAAAAGGGUCUUGCAGCUUUGUGCUAUCUUGGCAUUUAUCUUCAAGCCAGCAUCUCACUAUUUAUUGACAUGGCUGUGUGAGUCAGGUGUGUGUGUGUGUGUGUGUGUGUGUGUGUGUGUGUGUGUGUGUGUGAGUGUGUGUGUGUGGUGUGCAUGCAUGUGUGUGCACGCGUGUGAUUGUGUGUUCAUGUGUGUGCCUGUGUUCCCAUUCAUAUUCCCACACUUGUGUAUGCUUGCGUCUUCCUGCAGCUUUUUUUUUUUUUUUUUUUUUUUUAAGGAUCAUCCUACUGCUAAGUCAGUGUCUCCUCUUGAUUCUAGUGUUUUGGCCACGCCUCACCAAAUGUCUGCAAUGAUCCAGUACUCACAACAUGUUCAGGAGGAGCUGGGUCAGAUUUUGACAGAGGGUAUGGGAAGGGAAAGGGGAGAAGAAAUCGACAUUUAUUUUAUUAUUUAUUUUAAAUGUUUACAUUUCUUUGUGUUGUUCCAAGCCUGAAUAGAAACAGAUAGCAUUAAAGGACUCUGUUCCCACCCCUUCUCUGUCUCUCUCUCCCCCACUUGUGCUAACUUAGGAUAACACUCUCUAUUUCGUUUUGUUUCUAAAGUGAUUUGUGGACUUGUGCCGUGUGAACUGCAUUAAAAAGGUUCUGUUUUCAAAGAUCGAUUGUCGUUCCUGUGGGGACAGUGGCUCCUAAGAAAUCUGCAUUGUAGGAGAAGACAAUGAAAGACCCUGGCCCUGUCUCUCAAAACUUAACUCUCUGUAUGAUUUAAAAAAAAAUUCCAUUUACUUUACUUUGUGGUUACUUGAUUUUGAGGAAGAAAAUAUUCAACUUUGUAUAAAGACUAGGUAUCAGGGUUUCUUUUGCAGUGGGAGUUGUAUAUAUAUCGUAUUUUGGUAUAUCGUAGAAACUCAAGCUUUAUGCAUCCGUAUUUGGGAUAUGUCAAUGACGUGCAGUGAAAUUUGCUAUUAGACCCUGGAGGCAAACGAGUUGUACAAGGUUUUAUGGCUCCAUGGGGAAUUCUAAUUUCCUUUCUGGGGACCUUUUGUCCCGUUUUUACAGUAAUGGUGAAAUGGUCCUAGGAGGGUCUCUCUAGUCGAAUUCUCCAGGCAGGACCACGUGCUCAAAAAAUCUUUGUAUAGUUUUAAAUUUUUGAGGAGUAUCUCUGCUCAGAAGCAUCUGUGGUGGUGUGUGUUGCGUUGUUCUGUGUACUGUGUGUGACACAAGCCUACAGUAUUUGCACUAAGGAAAGCUGUUUAGAGCUUGCUGCUAUGGAGGGAAGAACAUAUUAAAACUUAUUUUCCCUCGGGGUUUGUUCUCGUUUUAUGUUCUUGUUGUCUUGUUGGCUUUCCUACUUUCCACUGAGUAGCAUUUUGUAGAAUAAAAUGAAUUAAGAUCAGA